AUGUCUGAUCAAAAAAAGGUUAUUGCUUUCUUCAUGCUUUUUCUUACCGUUUAUUUUUUGGAAUCAAUUGGUGGCUUCUUUAUGGCAAGUGUGGUAGCAUCGAUAGAGAAACAGUUUCAAAUAUCAAGUCAGAUGUCUGGUUUAAUGGUUUCUGCUGGUGAUUUUGGUUAUAUACCAUCGGUGGUUUUUGUGAGCUACUUCGGUAGUAAGGGAAAUCGAGCCAGAUGGAUUGGUGCUGGCAGUUUGAUGAUUGCAUUUGCUGAUAUUCUCAUUGGCAUGUCUAAUUUCCUUUUUCCUGUGCAAACUACUCAAUUUAAUUCAACAUUUAUUGAAUCGAGCAUAAUAGCGGAUCGGAGUGGUUUGAAUGAUAGCGUGCAAGCCAGCACAUAUUUGAAUUAUGCAAAGAUCUUUUUAAGUGCUAAAUCAUUUCCGUUGGAUCAGAGCUCAGAAACGUAUGCGCUAACCACCAUACUGCGCCAAUUUGUUAAUGAAGAACUUUCCUCAUGCUACGAACGUCAAAAUACUUCCGAUCAAUUGUGCGCCCUUUUUUUUAGUUCCUUGCAACUGUCAAACCAAUCUAAUGUGACAGAAAUUUCGAAAAUGCGCGGUUUGAUCAGUUCACCAUUUUUUUUUUGCCACGCAAUGUUCAACUCACUUAAACAGAAAAUGGAUAAGAUUCGCUGUUCAAGUGGGCUGUCAAACAUGGGACCAUUCAUUACAAUAUUUGCCGGUUUAUUCAUCCUUGGCAUUGGCCGAACAAUGCCUCAUUCUCUUGGCCUUCCUUUAAUCGACGAUAAUGUGAAACGACAAAAUUUACCACUUUAUUUCGCUGGCAUGUUUUUCAUUCGCAUUCUUGGUCCAUUUCUCGGUUUUUUAAUUGGCAGUAUUGUCAACAACUACUACUAUAGUUUUUAUAUGCCAGUUGGAUUAACACCUCGAGAUCCGUCAUGGAUCGGGCGUUGGUGGGCAGGUUUUCUCGGCAUUGGUAUUAUAAUGCUUUGUCCAUCGUUAAUUUUAUUUCUCUAUCCGACGUGUGUCAACUACAGAUCUGAUCAUUUAAGAGAACAUUAUGCUGAGGUUAUUUGGCCAGCAAUUAAAAUGGCCUUUGCAGACUACAACAAAAUCGAUUAUAGUCAAUUGCCACUUUUUAAUAUACUUACAAAAGGAGAAAAGCUACGAGACAAAGGUUUGGCACUGAUUGAUCGGCAUGCUGCAAGAAAUGAAGAAGGCAACACCGUCGUGCCAACUUCUGCAAAAGCAAAAAUCAUUGAUUUUAUUUCCACCGUACAAACGAUCGUGAAAUCACCGAUUUAUGUUUUCUCAAUGAUUGGUCGUAUAAUGGAUGUUUUUGCAUUCAAAGGGUUUUUCAUCUUUCUUCCCAAAUAUUUAGCAGUGCAGUUCGGCUUACCGCAACAUAAAAUUAACCUUUUUUUGGGAUUAGUGAGUUUGCCAGGACUUGCUAUUGGUUUAUUUAUCGGUGGUUUAAUUAUGCGAAAAUUCAGAUUGCAAGGUCGGAAAGCAGCAGCAUAUAUUUUUGUGUGCUCACUGAUUGCUGCUUUAUUUUCACUCCACAAUGCAAUGAUUGGUUGCAAAUCAGUGCUUAGCUUAAUUAGUGAUAAGGCUAAAUUGACCGAUCAAAAUUUUACAACAACAUGUAACAGCGAUUGCAAUUGCAUCGGUGCGCCAUUAUAUCCGGUCUGCAAUCGACAAGGCCAAACAUUUUACUCGCCUUGUCAUGCUGGCUGUUCCUUGGACCAAAGUUUUUCCAAUCCGUCAACUGUCAAAAUCUUCCAAAAUUGUAGCUGCUCAAACAAUACGGAUAAUGAAGUCUCACGUGACUUCUGUGAUCAGACCAUUUGUGAGAGAAAAUUUGCUUGGUACUUUGUGAACUUGGCAUUUUCGGGUAUCUUUGGUGGAAUGGGCAUCAUUCCAGCGGUGCUAAUAGUCCUCAGAUCGGUACCACCGGUGGAUCGGAGCAUUUCUCUUGGCUUCCAAGGAUUUCUUGUCAGCUUAACCGCAACACUGCCAUCAUCCGUUUUCUGGGGUUGGAUCAUCGAUAAAGCAUGUGUCAUGUGGAAUACUGUAUGCUUAAAAAGAUCGCGGGGUGCUUGUCAAUUAUAUGACACUGAUAAAUUGCGUCUUAUGACUCAUUUAACUUAUGGCAUAAUGAGAUUGGUGUCAUCAAUUCCUGACAUUGCUGUAUUUUACUUCGCAAAUGAUCUUUUAUUAACUGAUUAUGAAGCAAAUGAAAAAGUGGAAACAGAAGAGUCACCUAAGUGUAGGCGACUCAAGAAGGACGUCAAAAAAAGUUGUAAUUAA